AUGAUAACUUUAAAUGCCAUUUUGUUAAUCUGCCCUAAUGCCAAGGUUUAUGACCCGUUAAGCCAGAGAUCUACCUUAAACACAGAUCUAAAAGGGCGAGGCGGUGUAUACCUCUGGUAUAAUAUGGAGACCUCAGAAUUCUACAUAGGUUCCUCCGCCAAUUUACCUCAACGUCUUCGUUCUUACUUUAAUGCCACGACUCUAAAGAGGAGUAAGGUCUCUCGUAUCUACAACGCUAUUUCUAAAUAUGGUCUAGGUACAUUCAAGUUGGUUAUCUUGGUAGACUUUACCGGUGAACCUACGGAACAUGUCCUGGCUCAGGAACAAUACUACAUUGACAUUUUUAACCCUACUUACAAUAUUUUAACCAAAGCGG